GCUUGAGCACUCUCCAUCACCUAUCCAGAUUCAAAUGGCGGACGAAAACAACAGUGCGCGCAGCUCUCGAAGCCCAUUUUCACUACCUUCGAACAGUGGACCCCGUAUAGGACGUGUAGGUGCAUGGGGGGCGGGAUCUACAUCGUCCUCUAGAACUAACAGCAAUGGCGGUGGUCGGCGCAUUGCAACGCUUGGUGACAUUGCAAGCGGCGGCGGGGGCGGCGGGGCACCCCCAAUGGGCGGUCAUGCCGGGCACGGUCAUGCACACGCGGAUGAUGAAGAUGAGGAUGAUGAUGAGCGUCCCGAGGGUGACCAAGGAGAGAAUUGGUAUGCCGGUGGCGAACGGAGUGGUAUCUCCGUGCAGAACCCCGAUAGACCUGGCGCGGUGCCCGGCGGAAAUCUCGUUCGCGAUCUGCUGAGGCGGGCUGCAGAAGCAGGUCCUCCCCAACCUCCCCCAGGCAGCACAGCGCCUCCGCGUAGUAGCGCGUUUUUUGGCGGUGGUCAUACGCUCGGCAGCGAUGAAGUUCAAAGCGAGUUCAUUCCUGACCCGGAUGCUCCUGCUGCUUCUGAAUCCGAAGAGGAGACGGCUAUCCGCCACCUGACGUUCUGGCGGGACGGGUUCACGGUCGAGGAUGGCGAACUCAUGCGCUACGACGAUCCGGCGAACGAGCAGAUCCUGGCUGAAAUCAACUCGGGACGCGCUCCUCCGCAGAUCCUGAACGUCUCGCCCGGACAGCCCGUCGAGCUGCGCGUAGUGAAGCGGCUUAAUGACGACUAUGUCGCCUCGCCGGGCGUACGUCAAGCGAAGGUUUUUUCGGGGCAGGGACACCGCCUGGGCUCCCCCGUUCCGGAGCUAUCGUCCCAAGCAAGCACGAGCGCAGGCGGGAGCGCCAUGCCUGGUGGAUUCCCUCCUGCUGCCGCGGGCGGGAGUUCGUUGCCGACACAGCGCACGGCGGACAGCAUCAGCACGCUAUUCGAGGUCGACCAAUCCAAGCCGACAACAAGCGUACAGAUCCGACUGGCUGACGGGACGAGAAUGGUUGCCCGGAUGAACCUUACGCACACCGUUGGCAACAUCCGCAAUUUUAUCAAUGCGUCCCGACCUGAGAACAACGCUCGCCCAUACGUGAUCAUGACAACGUUCCCAAACCGCGAACUGCAAGACGAGAGCCAGACUAUCCAGGCUGCUGGGCUGGCAAACAGCGUCGUUGUGCAGCGGUGGUUGUGAGCACUGGGCGGUGUGAUGCGUGUGAGGAGCUUGUUGCAGUCAAUAAGCAUGUGCGCUGUACCAUGUCUGGACCGAUGUAUCACUAGAUUGUUGAAGUACCUUGGGUCAAAUUGCACGAUAUACGAGGAUAUAUGAG